AUGGCCACCUUUCAGCACGAGGGGUACAACGACACGGUCUUUGCUCCAUGGCUUUACCGAAAGCAGCUUAUGGAGUUCCUCCACGGGCUGAUGGAUCGGCCACCACUGGGUGCCGAGCUGCAGCUCACAGGAAAUCCGGUGAUCGAGUACGAAAGGUUCUUUGACCGCAGCAUUGAGCUGCUCAUGCACGCCGAGGUCUUUUGCCUGCCUCUGGCACUGCUCAUCUUUUGCCGUCUCGUGGGGGAGAUCCGGCUGCUGAUUCUGCCUCCUAUCAUUGUCGUCACAUCUCUCGCAGCAGCGUCUGCGCUCUGCGUACCCCUAGCGCACUGGACUCCACCGUCUCCCGACGUGCCGCCGACGAUGCUAUCGGUUCUUCUGGCUCUGGGCUUGGACUACGCGCUGUUCAUGCUCACACGCUUCGAAGAGAACCGAUCGAAAGACAUGGAGAUCUCGGCGAAUGUGUCCAUUCUCAUUUGCGAGACUGGGCACACCAUUCUUGUGAGCGGAAGUCUUAUCGCCAUUGCGUUCUUCGGGGCGCUCACACUUCCGGAACAGAAUUUGCACAGCGCGGGAGAGGUUCUGGGCAUCACCGUGGUGUGCUGCAUGCUUUUCAGUGUUUCGCUCUGCCCAGCGCUGCUACUGCUCUUCGGGCGCUGGCUCACGGCCCCAGCGUGCGGUAGCGGCAGUGACCAAGAGAAGCUCUCUGGGAAGAUGAGCGGUAGCGAGAGGGAGGCUCUCUUCAGUGGAGAGGCCAACGUCCGCUACCAGGGAUGGUUCAGGCUGAUGCGUUUGGUCCAGCGCUGGCCCAAUGGGGCAGUGGCGGCUGUGUUUCUCCUUUUUCUGCCUGUGACAUGGCAGAUCCCUCGGCUGCAAGGAACUGCCGACAUAUAUGCGGCCCUGCCCAAGGACAUGCCGAGUGUUCUAGCGAUGAGGCAGCUGGGAUCUGAGUUUCCUGCCGGGCAGUUCGAUCCCUACACGAUUGUGCUGCGCGACCGCAGCAAUAGCGCAGAGGGGCGCCCCAAUGCGCUGAUGACAGAGCAAGGCUACGAGGCCAUGCUCCAGCUCUGUAACAUGCUGGAUCAGAUUGGAUCAGUUGAUUCAAUGCUGGGUCCUGUUCGGCUACUGGACCAGACGGUAGAUUGGCAGAAGGCGCAGCUGUAUCGCUCUUCUGUUGGCCCGCCCUCCAUGCACAAGAUCUAUGGGACAUUGCUGGAUACGCAUGUGAACGGAUCUGCUGUUCUUCUGCAGGUGUUCGUGAACUUCCUCCCGCGUGGGCCCCGCGGGGCGGCGUGGCUGCGCGCUGCGCGGCAGGGCCUGCAGCUCUGGGAAGGCCAGCAUCCCUCCUUCACUGCUUCGCUGGGUGGAGGGGCCGCGCUGGUGGUGGAUGCUCAGGACACGGUCAUGCAGUCAGUCCCCACCUACCUCCUGGUCUCCGUGCUGCUGAUAACGCUGGUGGUCCUUGCCAUCUUUCGGAGUGUCGUGCUUCCGUUGAGGCUAGCGUUUGCAUUGCUCUUCACCUUGGCCGCCACCUUUGGUGUAGCCGUGCUUGUCUACGAAACGCCUCUGCUCCACGGCUUGUUCCCGUGGCUGGCUGACUAUGACGGCCUGUGCUUCGAAAUCGUGCCGAUUGCCAUUAGCGUGGCGAUUGCCCUUGGCCUGGACUACGAUAUCUUCCUUGUGAGCCGGAUUGUGGAGUUCCGACUCAAGGGCUUUACGGAUAGCUCCAGCAUCAUCUACGGCGUCGCAAGCACCGGUGGCAUAAUCUCUGGUGCAGGCUUGAUCAUGGCACUCGCCUUUUCUGGCCUGUUCUUCUCUUCGAAGCUCUUGCACCAGCAGUUGGCGCUCCUUCUGGUAACUUCGGUGCUGCUGGACACCUUUGUGGUGAUGGAAGCAAAUGGUGAAGAUGCUCUGAUGAAUGCUGAAACGCAGGCCUUGGGUGAUCUUGACUCUUCAGAUGACAGCCCUCUUGCUGCUGCUGCCACUGCUCCGGCUCCCAUGUCGAAUUCGGUGGUGAAUGCCAUGCAUGCUGCUGAUAACAGGGCCCGAGAGGACGCACUUAGGGAUGCAGCCAGUGCCGCGGCGGCCUUGAAAGCAGCUUGUGGGAGCGAAGGGGUCGUGCCAGUACCUGCUGUAAAUCCGUAUGCACUUGCCGCCCCAGUAGCCUCCUCCCUGCCUCCCCAGAACCCCCCGUCGCCUCUGCAAACCGUGAUCAAGGAGGCUGGACAAGCCUUGGGAACCCCCAAAUCCAAGCCGAAACGAGACAAGCAAACCGAAAGCCCCGAGAAGAAAGCGAAGCUGGCGAGUGAACGGUCGAGGCGAGGGCUGGAUCCGCCGCCACUGUUCGGAGGAGGUAGUGACCCUUCGCGAGUCAGCCCAAAAACCCGGGAAGCCCCUGCAGGACCAGAGAUCUACCACCUUGAUCCCCAGACGCCUCCCACAUGGGUACGUGAUCUUCAGAACAUGGUUGCGACAGGACAUCGAGAUCUUUUGUCGGAACUUCAGACCCAUAAGGUCCACAUCUCUGAGGUAGCUGCCCAGGUGCAGGGUAUUGAUAGAAAGCAAGAAGCUCUUCACCGAGCCCAGGGGGACAUGGCUACCCGGCUGGACAAUAUGGAAGCUGAAGUCAGGGAUUUGAGAGCCAAGUCCAGGUCAGUUAGCCCGGCACCGCACCGAGCUGCUGAACAGAGUCCACGGGGGUCUACGGCUGCCAGCACUGCAGGAGGUAGGCCUGUUAUCGAUGACCUCCAAAUUGUAAUUGGUGGCUGGGACGAAGCGAGAAGGGGUGAGGUUGAACAAGAAGUCAGAUUGUUGUUUGAGGAGAUUGAAGCCUCCCCCCUCUUGCAUAACAUCACCAUACCCUUCGUCAGGACUCGGUUUGCAAGGGCGGAGCUCCUGUUCACGAACAGUAACCUAGCAGAAAGGAGACGUAUCCAGAGCCUCACGAUCAAUGCGUUGAAGCAGAAACUUGACGGGUAUGUGAGUAGUGUUCCGGGACAACAGAAGGCUAAACUGUGGGUAACCCGCAAUCGUAGCCGCGAGGAUCGAGAGAAAAUCCGUGCAUUAGUAAGUGUCAAGGAGUGGGCUACCAAACACUUGUCGGAAGCCUUUAUUGAUUUUGACUGGUCGGGCCGCCUUUGGAUUCGCUCCGAACAAUGCUUGUUCUGGCAUCGCUAUAAGCAGCCGGAUGAGAAUUCAAUGAUGUUGACAAAUCAGUCUGGUGAUGAAACAGGUUGGUUUGUAGAUGUGCGUCAGCUGGGAAGACUACUCUCCAUCUCUCCGGAACAGGCCCGCGAUGAGCUUCAGAACUGA